GCCCUCCCGGGGGCCGGGCCGGGGCCGCCCCCAGCCUUGGCCGCGGGGCCCCCCCUCCGCUGACGUCAGCCCUGCCUAAAAAAGCACCCCGGCAGGCAGGCGGGCGGCAGGGCAGCACGGCGGUACCGGCACCGGCAGCACCACCGGCAGCAGGACGCGCCCCGCCGCCGACAUGGUGUCCCCCGUCACCGUGGUGAAGAGUGAAGGCCCCAAACUGGUGCCCUUCUUCAAAGCGACUUGUGUCUAUUUUGUCCUCUGGCUGCCAACUUCCAGCCCCUCCUGGUUCAGUGCCCUAAUCAAAUGUCUGCCCAUUUUCUGCCUAUGGGUUUUCCUUCUGGCUCAUGGAAUUAACUUCUUAGUGGCACACCGGAGUGCCAGCCGCAUCCUAGCAGGACUGAUAUUCUCGGCAGUGGGAGAUGCCUUUCUCAUCUGGCAGGAGCAGGGCUACUUCAUUCAUGGUCUGCUAAUGUUCGCCAUUACACACAUCCUGUACUCCUCAGCCUUUGGCAUGAAGCCUUUGGACCUGAAGGCCGGCUUCUUGAUGGGCCUUGUUUGCAGUUCCUGUUAUGCCUUCCUGUACUCCUACCUCUCGGGCCCAUUCACCUACCUGGUAGCUGUCUACAUCGCCUUGAUUGGCUUCAUGGGCUGGCGAGCAGUCGCCGGCAUGCAGCUGUGCAACGACCUCUGGACAUGGACCAAGCUCUCGGCCUGCAUCGGCGCGAUGCUUUUCAUGGUGUCGGAUCUGACCAUUGCAGUUAACAAGUUCUGCUUUCCUGUGCCCUACUCGCGUGUCAUCAUCAUGGCUACUUACUAUGCAGCUCAAAUGCUUAUUGCACUGUCAGCUGUAGAGAGCAGAGAUGAAGAGGACUUCAAAAAGAGGAGCUAGGUGGAGUGCCAACAGUCUGUGAACAAUGUGGGUUAUAUCUCAGGUGCUGUAGCUGCAUUCACCCCUGAGAGAGAUCUCCAUUUCUCUAGGCAUAUUGGUGAUGUUGAUUUUGCUUCUUUGAAGCAUUACCUUUGGGGCUUUAUUUUCAAUGGCUUUCUCUGAAUAUAGCUUACUUCAGUGUGGAGUCCACAUCAGAAAGCUUAGACUGUCCCUGCAGUAGCUACUCAUCCAACUUUUCCUCCUUGGAAGUGCUAUACUACUGCAUUUUACUUGUUAGUCUUGAAACUGAUGCUGAAUGUCUGGGAAUUAGGAGGGCUGACGGAAAGAAGCUUUGGCCACACACUGUGCUAGGAGACUUGCUUUCAAUAGGAGGCAGACAGGCACAGAUCUCUGCUAAAGCCAUAGGUAAAAUCAAUUUAACCAACGUUUAAGUUAGUCUGUUUUUGUGCAUUACGAACUCAGUGCACAAACUGGAGCUAUUUGAGCCUCUGCUAAAAGGAAGCCUGCAGCAAGAGUAAAACCAGCAAUUUCAGAUGAGGGCUGAGCUUUGGAGUGAACAGCAGCAUGUGGGGCAGCCCAUAGUAGAACCAGAAUGAAAGCAAAACACCAGGCAGAGAGCACAGAGCAGGAGAUGCACUGAGAUGAAGUGCUGUGUGCUUUGAUUGUGGCCGAUCACUGCUCCAGAGCAGGUCUGCGGACACCAGCUGAUGUCAACACAUAUGGCAGAACUUAAGAGUUUGGUGGGAUUUCAGGGACGUCUAGGUAGCUAGGCCAUGGCAUUCUGCCCCACCAUACGUGUGCAAAUAUGUGUUGUGAGCAGCCACCAGUGACAGCUGAGUUGUCAUGGGCACAUGAGGAAUUUUGAUUUUUACAGCAGGACUUGGAGGAUGCAUCCUAUUUGUGUCUAGUACAGCAGAUAGGAAUCUAAAUCUUUACAUCUUCCUUUCCCAGUAUUCUAACAGAUAACAUUCCAUAUACUCGUUAAGCUUUAUGAUCCUGCUGCUUGCAGCAUCUCUUCUGAAUCUCUGUGUGAGCAUUUCCCAUGUCUGAAAUGGCUAGUCAGGGCCCUGAUUUUGUAGAUUGUUCUGUUUUGCCAGCUGGUGGUAGAUGAUCAGCUUCGCACCACUUGUUUUUGGAAAGCCCCUUUUCAGCAGAGCUUUGUGAAAAGCACAGUCCUGUGUGUUCAAAGUGCCUGCCUCUUCCUUCUUAAACUCGCACAGAGUAGUGACAAUGUGAGAGCCAUCAGGGCUGGGAAAGCCGGUUUCAUUCUGACCCAAAUUUCUUCACUUGGUUUGUCUGCCCAUCUGCUGAAGCAAGAUUACUUCUGUCUUUACUCUCUUAAAAAGAUAUAGAAAGACUUUGCCCUAUUUUUUUUUUCUUUUAAUACCAGAUUGAUUUGUGAUUGUAUGUGUAUUUUUUCCUGCUAUUUGGGAUAUCUGACAGCAAGCUGUGUUGUUGCUGUUUGAAACUCUCUUAAAUGUGGUCUUCCCUUCUGUCCGUUCCAGGGCUGUUGCUGUUCCUGUGGGCUGAGAUGCUCCCCCAGUGGCUUGUUUUUAAGACACAAAGAAUGCAUCCGGGCAUGCUAAGGAGGUAGCGAAGGGUUCUAACACCUCUUCAAACCUGCAGCCAAACAGGGACAACCAAAACAGACCGCGCGUGACUCAAAUCCACGCAGGUCCUAAUAACACCUUGCACAAUCUUGUACGGGCAGAGCAAACAGGAUGGGCAGCCUUCCAGAUUGUCCUCGUGGGAUGAAAAGUACCAUGGUUGCCAUACCUUCCGUGCCCAGACCAUUCCAGGCAAAAGCCUGACACUAAGUCCCUGGCACAGGUGGCAGAGCAGGAAUUCUUUGCAGGGAGGGCAGCGGGGUCAGGGGGCAGCUGAGGAAAUGUUACUGACCCUGCUAGCUUUUCCAUUGGUGCUGAGAGGUGCUAAGUGGGUCUCCUGUUCCUCCCCAGCCUUGUCUGUUGGGACCGGCUGUGGAACAGGCAUUGCCCCCCCAUGACUUGUGCAUCGGUGCCAAUGCAACCAGUAUUACAAAAAUCUAGGUUAACCAUCCUGACCCCGUGGAAUCAUCUGCUGCUUCUCAGAGAGGUCAGCUGCAUUGUUGAGAGGGAAAACAUUGUAAAUAGCACAGUCUGGUGUAAUCUCUUCCCUUUAACGCUGUUGUGUAAUACUGUCAGUAUUCAUUCACCGGUGUAUCGGGGCCUGCCUGGAGUAAACGGCAAAGGAAUUUAGAGCCAUAAAACAUCUUCAUUCAUCAGCAUUACUUAUCUCCUGGCCGCAGCUUGAACCCUGCAGUGUAGCUCUUUGCAGUGUAGCCUCUGUUACUAAGCUUGACUGUUUGCAAAUCUCUUCCUGCAACAGACUGACUGAGCUAAGAGGAAAUCUAAGCAUUUGAGGUGAACCCCACCAUUCUCCCAGCAUGUAAACAAAGAGCACAUUUCAGUCUGGGUCAGUCCAGCACACUUGAUCCAGCAGUUAUUCAGAGAAGGUCCGUGCACCAUGAGCUUACCUGGUGACCUCCAGGGGUCUCUUCCAACCUCAGCCAUUCUGCGAUUUAAAAGUUAGAAUUUCAAUCUGAGCCAUUAUCUCUUUCUUUCCCUCCAGAAAUGAGCCAUCUUCCCUUUCCUGAAGAUAGCUGAGUUGCUUUUCUGUGUGCUUUUUCAUCUUGGCUUUCUUUGCUGUCCUGCUCCACUUCUAAGUUCUGUGGAAACUUGCAAAAAAAGGAUCUUCUAAGUGUCAUUAGGAGACCUGCUCUCUCUAACCCACUGGCUGUCAGAAGUGCAGUUUCUGGUUGCAGAGGUCUGCAGGUGACACUAGUUAGGACAGCAGAAGCACGUGUAGCCCAAGUGGGCUGCUGCCCCCUCAUCAUCCCCUCACCCGGCAGGGGCUGGCUGGGACAUAUCCCAGCCAGCCAUGCUGGCUCCAUCCCAGUGAAGCAACGGUGUCAGCUUGCCCAGGAACAUGAGGCAGAGCCCUCAGCAUACAAAGUCCGAGAGAGUCCUAGUUGGCUCAGAGGUUUGCUAGUGAAGGCUUUUAAUCUUCAAAUCUCUCUCUUACCAUGCAUUCUCUGCUUUUAAUCCAUAUUACUUGUGUGAGACCACUUUCCUGAAGGGUGUCUUUCCUGCUGGGAGGAGAUGAGCUGAUGCCCUUACUUGACACAGUUCUGAGUUUCAGAAACCCUGAGAAACACUAAGCAGUUGCUCAGAGACUGCUAAAUGUCUUUUCACAGGAUUAAAACUCUUCCCUUAACCCCAGCAAGGGCAGUCUUCACUAUGAAAGGGAGCAAACAAGAAGUGCAAAGGACAUGACUGUCUAUGGUACCACCAGUCAGUUGUAGACCUUCCUGCUGUCUCUCUGCAUUGUAAAACUGAAAGGUUUAAGCUAUUCUUCUCUUCUUUUGGGGGGUAAAGUCUCUGAGUAGCACCUGCUUUUUGGCCCAGGGACGUUACAGGGGGAAUGAAGCACCCCAGUAAUGCAGCGUUCCUGGCCCCAGAAGCAUCAGUUCUGGUGCUUGCAAAGUACAGAGGCGUUCUUUACAGGAUGCUGUACUCAAAAGUUGCUUUGCAAUUCCCAUCUAUGGUCACUUGAGUCUAAACACAUUGUGCAAUUACUUUUGUUCUCUUCUAUUACACUGUAGUUAUCUCCCACUCAAAGAUCCUUUGGCUCUUUAAUUGGAAAUGCAGAGAAUAUAUUUCAGUUGUACAUCUCUCUCUGUAGGUACAUCCUCCUUGUCUUUGCUCACACAACUCCCAGUGAGUCCAAGAAGCAAUACUAAUUGCAGCAGGUUUUUAAAUGCUAGUAAUGCUACUGGGCUGUGCCAGUUGCACUGAUGUCAACAGGGUGAAGGUGGUUUAGAAAUGGCAGGCUGAGUAGAACAAAGCCAUAGGAUAUUAACGGCUUUACUCCUCCGCUGCCAAAAAAAAAAAAAAAAGUAUUCGUGCUUAAUACAUGGCUUCUUACUCCUCCAUAUUGAGGCACCUGUAAGGCUGAUUGGUUUAAGAAUUACUCUAACGUGGCUUUUAAGUAGAUUGCUGAAAAUUUCAUGUUGUAAUCAAUGGAGACAACAGAUAUAUUUAUACUUAUGUAUUUAAAAUUCCCAGGACAAACUGCAGAUUUUUUAGUGAUUCUUUUAAGUUUUCUUGUGCCAUAGUUUGACACUGACACCUGUAAGUUUUCAUCUUGCUGUCAUGGUAAUUUGGGAGCUGUUUCAGAAGAAGAAGAUCAAAGCAAACAGCAACUGCAAAGCUCAGUGGCAGGUGCCUUGUUCUCUCUGCUUGGAUUCUGGAUACAGACAGGGGCUCUUUUAAGCAGAGGCACCAUAAUCAUGUUCCUCCCAGGUACUUCUCCUGCCUUUUAUCCAUGCUCGCUCCUUUUGUGGCCUUGGGUAAGUUACUUAAAUUUCUGGGGGCCAGGUCCUCAUCUGGUGUAAAUAGGCUGAGUGUAUGAGAAUCAGCACUCUCUGCCAGGUUACAACAGCAGGGGACCAAGACCCCUCUGUCUGUUCUCAUCCCAUUUCUAAAAUGGGAGUAUUAGCACUUGCCUACCUCACAAGGAUGCUGUAAGGAUUAAUGCUCAUACAGCACUUUGAAGAUGUAAAGUGCUAUAUGUCCCAAGUAUUAAUGUACUGUAGUGUUAAAAAUGCUUCUAGGCCUCUGCAGGACUUCUCUUAAAGCAUGGAAUGUGUGACUGCCUUUUCGGUUUGCAUCAGAUGGAAAGCAAAUGAAAAAUAUUUAUUCAUACUGUCUAACAGGAUGGGCUCAGCUACACUUGAACUCUGAGGAGGGUUUAGCUUAGAAGUCUGAACUCUAAUCUCAGUUUUGCAAAUGGUUUUUGGUUCUUCUAAAAGCCUCAACCAAAUUCUUAGAUGUGAACUGUGUAUCCAAAUUUUGCAGUCUAGUCUCAUCCCUGAAUGUUAGCUAGAAUAAAUCUAACCCAGUCAAAACACAGUGCUCUUAUAGUCUGCGAUGGCUGUUGGAAAGUCUGGAACAGAAAAAGUCAUUCUGUUCAACCUUCAUCCUGCAGAAGGUCAGCUCAGUUUCAAGGGACAACUUAAAAAGGGAUGAUUAAUUUCUGUGAUUGUAAGUUUACUGGCUUUAAAAUCAGCAGAGAGGGAAGGCCUUGCUAGAAUCAAUAAGGUCGACACAUCCUUCUUGAAUUAUUUCCAUUUCCUUUUCACCUGAAUCAAAGAAGUAGCAGGUUCUGCAGUGAAGGAAGUGCUUGUACCAUCAGUCCGAGGGUUCAGAACAGAAGUAGAUCUAGAAAUACAGCUCUAAGCCAUCACCAUGUUCUCAAUGACUAUAAAAAUGCCACAGUUCACUGAUUUCAAAUCUGGACCACAGCUACAAACUACUUGUUUCUGGUACCACUAGCUGCUGUACAAACACAAAUGAAGGCAAGGAAUUACUCACCAAGGAGCGUGAGCUGUGUACAUGUGAAAUGGACCAUAAUUUUGAAGCAGCUGCAGUUAAAUCUUAUCUUAAUAUGAACUCAGAAGCAAACACAAUGCAAAUUUUUAUUGUUUCUUUAAAAUGUAUGAUGGGUUCUAGUUUUCUUAGUUUGGAGGACAUUUUCUUAAUGUUAUUUUAUUUUUGCUCUUAUUGUAAAGAAUAAAAAUACAUGACUCUAGGUAGACCACAAAUGAAAAAAGGUGGCCAGUUGGCAGGAAUGCCAAAAUUUCUAUGGCUUGUAUUGUUUUCGUGGUGACACUAUGCUGCUGUAGAAUGAGCUACUGGAGUGGUGUGAGAGCUCAACAGCAAGGCUGAAGCACAAGGCCAACUGCAGACCCUUGCAGCCGGUCUCAUACCAGAGGGAUGCAGGGGCCAAGCAGCCAAGAUUGCAGCAGGAGCAACGCCUGGGCCUGUUUGGAUCAGUUAAAAGACAGAGCAACAGGAAAUAAAAUAAAUCUUUUCCUGACAGCUGAAAAUCAAGAAACCAAAUCCAGCCUGUUGGGUGAGAGUACUGAAUCAGUACAAACACAUGGAUCUAGACCUUCCUCUUGCAGGCUUCUGCUGGGCCAGACCUUGCUCCUAGUUUACACUGGAAGCCUUGCUCCAGGCCUACAGUGUGGGCAGGGUCAGGCCAGUGGAAACCUUUUUAAAAGAAUGAAUUUGAAAACAAUGGAACCAAACAAACAAACCAACAAAAAAAAAACCACCAACCCACAAUCAAACAAAAAACAAUAACAACCAAGGAAAGAAAAAGCAAAUGCCAUUGGGUAAGCAGUAGUUCUGCCUGGCUGAGACCGCAGGACUCACUGGUCUGUCCUGAGCACUAAAUCCAUGUCUUGUAUCCCUGCGAGCCUCUCACUCCGGCCCCUCUUCCACGCAUUCCAGACAGAGUGCACUGAAAGAUGUGACUGAAGCAGCUGCUCUCCCUGGGGGAGUCAGCUUUUUGCCACGUCUGAAAGUCUCCAGCACUUAUUUCCUUUACCGUGAUUGUAAAGGUCACCACAUGCAGUACGGCCACUUGAUCUGGGAUCUUUUCUUAACACAUUUUUGUGCUUAUUUUACUAUUUUACUUCUUUGUUUGGAAUGUAUUUUUUCCUCAUUUCUUCUGUAUGUAACAGCAAUUAAAAAUAUUAAUUUACUGGGUAUGUUUA